AUGAUAAAAUUUUUAAUUCCAAAAAAAAAAAUUUUAAAAAAAUUAAAUAUACCUUUUUUAUUAUAUUUUUCAAGUAAAUAUAAUUAUAAAAUAUUAACUAAUAAAAUAUAUAAAUCUUAUUAUGAUUUAAAUUUAAAAUUUAUUAGAUAUAUAUGUUAUAAUUAUUGUAUUACAUAUAAAAAAUAUUUAUAUUAUAUAAAUAAAAUAAAAAAAAUUAAUAAAGAUAUUAUAUAUUUUAAUUUAUUAAAUAUAUUAGAAUCUAGAUUAGAUAUAUUUUUAGUAAAUAUAGGAUGUUUUAAAACUAUAUUACAAUCAAGAUAUUUUAUAAAAUAUAAAUAUAUUUAUUUAAAUAAUAUAAAUAUAAAAUAUUAUAAUAUUAAUAUUAAACCUAAAGAUAUAAUUUUUUUUAAAAAUAAAAUUAAAUAUAUAAUAUUAUGUAAUUUAAUAUAUAGAUAUAAUAUAUAUAUUUAUAUAUUAAAUUUAUAUAAAUAUAAUUUUAUAAAAAUUUAUAGUUAUAAUGAAUUUUUUAUUAUAUGUAUAUAUAAUUUAAAAAUUAAAAUAUUACAUAAUAUAUCAUUAAAUAAUAUAUUAUAUAAAUAUAAUAAUAUAUUUUAUAUAUAA